UUGUGUAUUUCCUUGUCUUGUGGAGCAUCACAUUGUGGCUGCUGCUGCUUGCAUUGUUGUGUGCAAGAAAGGCCUUGUUAAAUUUGGCUGUCUGAGCAACCUCAAACCAGCCUUGGAUACACCGUCGUGUCCAAGAGCUGAGGAGCAUGGAGGAACCAAUGGCUUCUCCUACUACCUCCUCCUCCCGUGGCACAUGCAAAUGUGGUGGUGCCGACGAUGUCAAGGAGAAGAAGACGGCGACGACGACGAAGAAGAAGAAGUGUGAGCUUGUUGGGUACGAGGAGUUGCCUGAAUGGCUCAAGGACAACGAGUUCAUCCAUGGCUACUACCGCUGCGAGUGGCCAAUGAAGGAGACCAUCCUCAGCAUCUUCUCCAUCCACAACGAGACUCUCAACGUUUGGACGCAUUUGUUAGGGUUCCUGCUGUUCCUCUGCCUGACAAUCUUCACAGCAAUGGUGAUCCCAAAUGGUGGCAGCAGCAGCCGCACCAGCAGCAGAAGCAGGAGCAAUGCAACAGCCAUGGACUACUACCACUACUGGGGAGAUCUGAUGGUGAUGGCCAACAUGACAGGGUUGCUGAGGGAUCAUGAGGCACUUGCAGCCUGUCUCCUGCUGCAUCCAGCACAUUUGUCUCAACAUGAGCAGAUCUCAACAAGCUGUCCAACCAACACAUCCUCCUCUUUCUCACUCUCACACCAUCAUCAUCAUCAGCAGCAGCAGCAACAUGCCAUGCAGAACACCGUCGCGUUGCAGGACGCCGGCGAGGUCGCCGCCGCCGCCGCCGUCUCCGAGCCGAUCACGCGGUGGCCGGUGUUCGCCUACCUGGGCGGCGCGAUGGCGUGCCUGCUGGCGAGCACGGCGUGCCACCUCCUCCUGUGCCACUCGGAGCGCGCCAACUACGUGACGCUCCGCCUCGACUACGCCGGCAUCGCGGCGCUCAUCGUCGCCUCCUUCCUCCCCAUCGUCCACUACUCCUUCCUCUGCGACGCCUGGCUCCGCCGCCUCUACACGGGCUCCAUCGCCGCCUUCGGCGCCGCCGCCGUGUCGGCGUCGCUGGUGCCGGCGUUCCAGUCGCCCGAGCUCCGCCCGCUCCGCGCCGCGCUCUUCUCCGGGAUGGCCGCGUCGGGGGUCGUCCCCGUCGCGCACAAGCUGGCGCUCUACGGCGGCGCGGUGCGCGAGGCCGCCUCGUCGGCGCGCUGCGAGGCCGCCAUGGGCGCGCUCUACGGGCUCGGCGUCGCCGUCUACGCCGCCCGGGUGCCCGAGCGGUGGUUCCCCGGGCGGUUCGACCUCGUCGGCCACAGCCACCAGCUGUUCCACCUCCUCGUCGUCGCCGGCGCCUACGCGCACUACCUCGCCGCGCUCGAGUACCUCAAGUGGCGGGACGCCGUCCAAUGCUAGGUCGAGCCGGCGACGUCAUCGCCAUGGACAGCGGGUCGUGCAGCUGCGGAGUUGAUUCGUCAAAAAAAAAAAAAUACUAGUGAGCAGUGAGAUGAAUGGCUGACAGGUGGGUCCCAAGUGAGAUGAAUGGCUGACAGGUGGGUCCCACAUACGCAGCUUGAUGGGAAUUAAGGAUGAGAUAUGAUGGGAUUAGUAGUGUGCAUGGUAGUGGAUUAAAGAGGUGAUUUGAUUAUUAUGUAUAAACAAUGGAUUAAUUGGGAGAGGGAUAUAAUUUGUACCUAAGCAAAUAAAACUUGGGUAAUUACCCUGGUAAAAUCGAUUAGACUUUGUAUAUGUUUGCCGUGUGUGAACUUUGUUUUUUUUUUUCCCUUCUGGUCUACGAGAAACAGCUGGUUUACCACCAUCAAAAUGAU